UAUAAUUUCAAACAUGUAUAUGUAUCAACAUUUUGGUUCAUAUGAUUUUGAUCCAUUCAAGGUCGUCCAAACGAUGUAAAAAGCACGAAAUUACUUGUUCAACCCGGAAACCUUGCAACAUAAAAACUACCAAACACAAUAAAUUGUGAUCUGUUAAAAUCGAUUGAGAAAUGAUGAAGAAAGACGGAGAAAGCGAGAUGUAGGGGCAAAUCCCUCGCUUCGACUGCAAAGACUUAGAGCAGCGAAGCGACCAUGGAAGGCCCUCUGAUUGCUGAUGUGCGCCUAUCGCACCAAUUGUGCGCCACGAUUAUAAAACCUCUCUCCGUGGAAUACCACGCCACCUCUAGCUGGAGAGGUAAAGCGCUCGGCCUCAGGCGCCUUGUUUGGAUUUGGAUGCCCAUUUUUCGUCUCUUAUAUGCGUAAGAAACCCUAAUUUCCUCUUUCUUACCUUUCUGCCAUGCUUGUUUCUCUUAUUGACUCUUGUGUCCCUUGUUAAUUGCACUAGCCACUAGCAUGCGCCCUGGCCCAACAUUUGCUUUACUGGACUGAAUUUUGUUGGUUCGGCUUAUCUGGGCCGAGGCCCAAUACAUGAUAAAGUAGAUAUAAGUAACAUGUACAAAUAAAUUAAUUUAUACAAAACUCUCAAGACAAAAUCUCUGACUCUGGUUUGAGGUAAGGCAUAAUCAUUUUCUCAAAUGGAUAAUGCAAGAUGAGGUCUAUUUGUAUGCUUUUGUUAUUAUCUUAUGGGGUUUGUAUAAGUUAUGGCUUUUGUAAUGUUGGAUAUUAUUACCAUGAAACCAACAUUUCAGCUUCAAUAAAUGAACCAAAUGGCUUCUUCUUAACCCAGAUUAGCUUCUUUUUUUCUCCCCCUAAACUCAUCUUUUUUAUUUUUUUAAUGGCAGUAGAGUAGAGCUGUAGAAGGCUGUGUUACAAUAAGAAACUUUGUUAGUCAUUUUCUAGCUUAGAAGAUGCUGUAUUGAGACACUGCCAUGUGGAGGAAAAAUGAAGGGCCUUUGACAUUUUCCUGCUUAUUCAUGCUGAUUCAGUGCUUAUGUAUAUCUGCUAAUAAGUUUUCAUCGCCCAAGAGUUUAUUUUUUUAAAAUUUAUUUAUUAAACUAACUGGUUAUCUCAAAUGUUGCUUCAUUUCUUGUACACAUUUGUGCACUGAGUGUGAUUUAUGUCUUCUUGUGGACGGAUCUAGAUUCGUUUUGAACUAGUUGUAGGAUUUAGGGUCCAAGUCCUUUUCAUGUUGGUUAACUUCAAAGAUGCUAAAAACCAGCAAAUCAAAUGGGGAGGGAGAAAAUGUCUGCAUAUGAGCCUGUUUGUUCCUUUAUUUUCUCUCAACAUAACACAUUGACCCUUGAAAGAUAUCGAACCCUGCAGUAGUUUAUAUUUUUCACUCCUCUCUUGUGUACACCUUGGUCCAUCACCGUAUUCGUUGUUAUCAUCGUAGAUUUUCUAAUAGCAAUAUCAGAAAAGGGUCACAAAUUUUUUUAUGUGCUUUUGUGAAUAGCAUAUGAGCAUUUACAGCAUUUUUGGAGUCAGUCCAGGAAUGUCAUUGUCUCUGCUUAAUUAAGAAAAACCCUUCAAUAGUUUAAUCUAAAAUAUCGUCCCUCACCAGAAAUAUUAAAAUGGUUUUGGAAAUAAAAAAGCAUUGCAUAUCUCGUAAUUGUCGGGCUUGGGGGCAUUCUAAAGCUGUGGGGCUUUGGAGAUUGCACUUCUUUUUAGUAUUAUCAGUAUUGACAAAAGAAAACUGAUUAAUUCUCUCUAUGCAUGACUGGUUUUCCAAAGUAACGCUCUUGAUCGGUUUUUUGAAGCCAGAAAAUAACUUCUUGUAGCUUCCUUUUACAUUAAUCCUGCUCACAAAGUUUUUGAUAUAAGAGUGUGAAACUGCAUUAUAUCUAGGCAACAGAAUCAGGUGUUAUGGUUUGAGUCCUGAACAUUGAUUAGCUCAUGGUUUUGGUUAUGCCUUUAGGUCUGGCAAUAUGUCUCUAUCAGGAUAGUGAUAACUUCAACGUUUGUCUCUCCUUACUGCUCUAACAAAAACACAGCUAUGGUUAUAAAAUUUCCAAGUUUCCGCGUUGGACAGCAUAAAAUAUUAAAGAAACCAGACGAUAUUGAAGGAGAAAGAUGGGUUUGACUCAUUCAGGGCCUGAGUUCUGCAUUUUAAUACUUCAAAAUGGAGAAUAGGAUGCUUAGAUACCAUUUGGCUGAGUCAAAGAAAAUUUUUCUAUAUACUAAAACAAAACAUUCCCACUCUUUCGAUAGAAGCAAGAAAUUAACCUCCAUUUGUUUCAAUCCUAGCCGAAAUUAAGAAGGAACAAAGAGGAACCGACAAACAUUAAGACUCUUUCAGCCGUUCCCUUCUUGUUUGACAGGAUCCUCAAGGCCUACAAAUAAAUAUCCACACACAUAUGCACCUCAAAACAACACCACCAAAGCAUCUACAUCUAACUAUAGCCUAGCAAUCUUAAAGCCGUUAACGAUAACGGAAAAAACUCAGUUCACACAGAAAGAGAACUAUGGCUAGGAAGAGAAAGGUGGGUGACUUUGUGCAGGAGAGAAAUUCUGGUGAAAGCAACAUGGGUUGGGAUGACAUGGUGAAGGAAGCUACUGCUGCAGCAGCAGUGGGAGGAGCUAGAAAGCGUUAUGUUGGUGUACGACAGAGGCCAUCAGGGAGGUGGGUGGCUGAGAUCAAAGACACCAUACAGAAGAUAAGGGUGUGGUUGGGCACGUUUGAUACUGCAGAGGAAGCAGCCAGAGCCUAUGAUGAGGCUGCUUGCUUGCUUCGCGGUGCCAACACUCGGACAAACUUUUGGCCUUGUUCUCCAUCGUCUUCUUCAACUCCAGCUCUUCCCUCAAAGAUUUCUAACCUUCUUCUCGAAAGGCUCAAAGCAAGAAACAAUUCUUGCGCCGCUUCUUCACCUACUUCUCCGGCGAUCAACCAGCAAGAAGAGCAACAGCCAAAGGAGUACAAAGAAGAAGAAGAAGAAACAGACUUUUCAAAUUCGUUCACAGAUUUCCUCAAUGAUCCUGAUGAUUAUGGUUUUUGUAACAAUAACAAUGGCAACAUCAGUGCAAGUAGUAUUGACUACAUGACAACAAGUCUUGAGUCAUGUUUGACAGAGAAAGAAGAUAGUGGGAGUAAAGAAAUGGAUUUGGAUUGUUGCUGGAAUGAUGCGGCACAGACUUAUAGCGGUGAUAGUAACUUGGGAGGGGGAGGAGAAGAAGAUGGAGAAGAAGAAGAAGAAGAAGGGACUGAUAUAGUGGCCUUGGAUUUUAACUUCUUGGACGAUGUUGGAUCAUCAUAUUACUACUCUCCUUUCGAGAUUGCAGAGGAGAUUGAGGAACCAGUGGAGCCUGAAUACUGCGGUGAUGAACCUUCAAUGCUCAGGGCUGCAAUGAAGAGGAUGAAGUAUGAAAGGAAAUUCUCGGCUUCUCUCUAUGCUUUCAACGGGAUACCUGAGUGCUUGAAAUUGAGACUUGCAUCACAAAAUGUGAAGGGGAGAGCAAGGUCUGAUCACUUAACCAAACUUCAAAAAGCAUGUGAUGAUUAUAAAGAGGAGGAGAGGAAUGCAAAUGAAGAUAAUACAGAAGUCAUGAAGAAACAGGAGGAAAACCAACAGAGUUCAGAGGAUAUGGGGUCAUCUUCUUCCUUGAGCAAUGACAGUGAAUUUUCACUCUGGAGCUCUUUGGAUCUGCCUCCUAUUUGCUUUGUUAACUGACUUAUAGAGUUUCCCCAUUUUGAAGCAUUCCCUGUUAUAGUUUGUCAGAAAAUCUUUAUAAUUUCGGACAGUGCUAAUUUUGAGAUAUAAUUCAGAGGAAGAAAUGAGACGUGUAGUAAUGUUAGAGGUUUCUAGCCGGCGUAUCAUGAACUACUGGAAUUGU